AAUUCACACUUUCGACAGGUGGUUCAAAAAACUGCUGCUACUUUUGCUCCGAGAGCUUCAACUGCAACCAAAAAUCCUGCUGUACCUGGGACAGUUUUAUACUCUGUUUUUGAGGUUCAAGGGUAUGCCUCUAUGUUGUUGGGUGGAUUUCUCUCUUUUAAUCUCAUAUUCCCAUCAAAUGAACCAGACAUAUGGAGACUAAUGGGCAUGUGGUCCAUUUGGAUGUUCACUAUUCCUUCCCUUCGUGCACGAGACUGCUCAAAGAAUGAGAAAGAAGCUCUCAAUUAUCUCUUUCUCCUUAUUCCAUUGCUAAAUGUCGUAAUCCCAUUUUUCUGGAAAUCAUUUGCCGUCGUUUGGUCAGCAGAUACUGUAGCCUUUUUUGGAAUGUAUGCUUGGAAGCUUGGGUGGUUACAACAGAGAGAAUAGUAUAUGUAUUGAGCACGAGGAGUGGGUUUCUUCCUUGAUCCGUUUGCAUCCAUAAUUCUCAAUUAUCAUGGCUUAUGGUUGAUGCAAUGUCAUACCUUUGAGCACGUGUUGUAAUAAGCAUCUUCUCUGAGAUGGGUUGGUUAGCAUUUUAAGCAAAGAUGGAUUAAUUUCCCAAAGGACAAGAGUACUUGGCUCCAUUUUCAAUGUAUUAUGUUCCCUUUGGUUGGUUGAUGUUUGUUAAUUGUUGCAUCACUGUAAAGAAUAGGCAGACAUAUUUUUGUGCUUUCAAUAAAAAUAUAGAUUAAUUAAUCCAUAAGUUGUGCCGAAAUUCUUACUGUUGAAAUGAAAAUGAUCAGUUUUUAUUUUGAAGUUUAAAGUUUGUAAUUGUUUGGGCUAAUGUGACCAUGCACAAAAAGAUAAAGAUCAAUGUGUGUCGAGUUCUGAAUUAGAGAUACAGAGGAAGAUUCUUUGCAAAAGCCUUCAAGCGAAUGGCUUAGGUCUGGUUCCGGAAAUGUAGAGAUGGCAACUGUUAAAUAAGCUCUCUCUUUUGUACGAGGAUGGAUUUAUUAGAGCUGAUCAUGAAGGUGAUUUGCAAUCCAGUAUGAUUCUAUAAGGAAUCAAU